AUCAACUUUCUUGAUCUACCUUAACAGCUGUGAGUCUAAACUUGCAGCCCCACAGUUGUACUGCGACUCAUAGUCAGUAGGAGAAGGGGACUUGAAUCUAGGACAGAGCAGUCUGGCCCAUUUCCCUUCGAACCAGAGGCAGAGAUCUGCGACAGGGGGAGAGAAGACACUAGUCUUAGGCGGAGAGAGAAAAAGGAGAAGAGACUUUGUGGGAAGCUUGCUGCAGUCACUGAGGAAAGAAGCCCCUGGGACACAGACCAGUGUGUUCACAUUGCAGAACAGUCAUUUUUAUAGAUUUCUUUUGUAUCUUAUCAGGGGAAGAAUAUUCACUGAGCAGAAAUCUCAUCACCUGGAAACAUGCAGAAGCGCACAAAGAUAAAGAUUGCCAUUUUCGUGCUGAUAGUGGGUAUGGCUUGCAUGUUCACUGCGGUGGUAACGGACCACUGGGCAGUGCUCAGCCCACGGGUGGAGAGAGUCAAUGAGACCUGCGAGGCGGCCCACUUUGGCCUGUGGAAGCUGUGCAAGAAGUACAUCUAUAUCAGCGAAGAGAACUUCGUACAGGGGCAUGGCUGUGGACCCAUCAGCCUGCCUGGAGUGGAAAACUGCACAUACUUCAGACACUUCACUCCCGGGCAGGAUGCUGAGAUAUUUGACUAUAAAACACAAAAAGAAUACAACAUCUCGGCUGCAGCCAUCUCCAUCUUCAGUCUAGCCUUCAUGAUCUUUGGCUCUCUGUGUCUGAUGGGAUCAUGUACCGGCAAAGGCAAAGGCAAAGGAAGAGACUACCUCCUUAAACCUGCUGGCAUGUUUUAUGCAUUUGCAGGUCUCUGUUGCUUCAUCUCACUGGAGGUGAUGCGUCAAUCAGUUAAACGCAUGAUUGAGAGCGAGGAAACAAUCUGGAUUGAAUACUACUACUCCUGGUCAUUCGCGUGUGCCUGUACUGGAUUUGUCCUCCUCUUUCUCACUGGCUUUGCCCUGCUGCUUCUCUCCAUGCCGCAGAUGCCUAGGAAUCCAUGGGAGACUUGCAUGGACGCCGAGCAGGACCAAGUGGAGUGAUGACGGACAGAUGAUUACAGGAUUUGAGGAGAGUGACUGUGUCUAUUGUUUUGAAUACAUAUUCAAGGAUAGGUUCAAUUCAAGAACAGGCCAUAAAAUGGUAACGUCAUGAUGACAGAAACUGGUUUGGGGAGUGGAUGGACCAUAGCAAUGAAGGGACAUUUACCUCACUACAAUUAUAAAGCAACUUGAAUAUGGGGCGUUUUCGGAGUUAUGAAUGUCCGCCUUGUCAUGCAUGUCCAACUAGAGCGUAAAAUAUAGCAAUCCACUUUGGUGGGGUUCAUGUUGGUGAUCACAACUUAAAUCUGACAUGAAGCCUCAUAACCACCAUACUUCUCAAAAAGAGCCAACCUGGUCUAAACAGCACUUUUGCCUUUUACUGCUUGUAUAUUUAAACAAUAUCUUGAAAAGGCAAACAAUUAUUUAUCAAGUCAGUUUUGGAAGAUGGUUUUAACAUCAUUAUGCCCUGACUUAGUUAAAAAGUCGUAAAUAUAAUUAGAUUCUUUGACAUUUUAAGAAUAUAGUUCAUACAGUUAAGACCAGACAUCUACAUGUGUGAUAUGAUGUGUGUGAUAGUGCACUUUGUAUGAUAUUUUGUAGAUGUCUAAUGUUCAUCUGUUGAUUUUUCAAUGGGAUCGCUCAAGGAAUCAAUUACUUACUAGAAGUAUCAACAAAAUGUGUUUCUAAUUUCUAAGAUUUGAAAAUUAAAGAAAGUCCCAUUAAAAUAAGAACUUUGUGAAUAAACGACUGAUUUCAGGCGAGGCAGAUGCACAGAGCAGGUUUGUGUGUGUGUGGUAGGCUGAAUGCUAAACACCCACACACUCCGUGUUGGACAAGCUUCAGCUCUAGCAGGUGCACAUACAAUGCCUUUUACUUUUUUGUUGACAGCUUACAAACCAAACCGAUACAAAAAAUGCUCUGUUCUGUACAUGCGUCAUCAUGACCCAAUUGAAACACAUUGGUAUUUGCAUCGGUUCAACUACAUUUUCUCCGUGUGAAAGAAGUGUAUGGAGAUCAGAACAUCUGACACAGGCUCAUGCUCUGUAUUUGUGUGUCAGUUUUGUUUCAGAAUGGAUUUUCACUAGCCAGUCAAUUCAAAACACAAAUGUACAUACGUUUUUACAAAGCAAGCAAACAUUUGUUUUCAUCGACAUUACCUACUGUACAACAUCGUUUAUUUAUGUGAAAAGCCUGCAGCUAUUGGUAAGAGCAACCGUCAAUGCCAUCAUAGGUUUGUUUAGUGCAAGUCUAUUUAAUUAGUUGUAUUUAUUUUUGACUGAGUUGUAAGAUUCAUUUCACAGAAUGGAAAAGUGAAAUAAAUAACAAAAAAAUAGAAUACCUAUUGUAAUGGUAAUUGUUGAAUUUCAUUUCUAUGUUUUUUCUGAAUAUUGAAUGUUUUUGAAUGCAGCAUAUUCUGUGUGUUUCUUAUGGGCUAUUUCUUUGUAACCAAAAAUAAAUCUUAAUUAGCUUUGGAAA